AGAUCUAGUAAAAGACCUAGAAGAAGAAUAUGGAUAUGCAACUAACCAAGCACUAAACUUGGAUAGAAAAGAUUUUAAAGCAAUGAAAGAAGAACUAUUGGGAGUAUCUCUAGAAAACUUAGAUAAAAUGCAUGAUGUAGAAGACGAAGAAGAACUAAUGUUCCAAGAACAAAAACGAGCCAGAGGACAAGGCUUAGAAUUACCAGAAACAUUACCACCAAAACAUCCAUAUCAUGAAGAAUAUCUACCAACAAUAAACAAACCACGAGAAACAGAACAAAUAGCAGAUAGAUGGCUACUAGACGAAAACUUUGGAUGA